AACGACACUUGUUUGUAACCAUCCAUCCAUUCGCAUUCAAACGCGCUUUCUCUCUCUCUCUCUCUCUCUCUCUCUCUCUCUCUCUCUUCAUAUUCGAUCGAAGAAACUCGAACGAAAGAAGAAAAGAAAGAGCGACUUUUCUCACCGAAGAACAAAUCAAUGGCCGAUCAACUCACCGACGAGCAGAUCUCCGAGUUUAAGGAGGCCUUUAGCUUGUUCGACAAGGACGGCGAUGGUUGUAUCACAACUAAGGAGCUCGGAACUGUUAUGCGUUCAUUGGGGCAAAACCCAACUGAGGCAGAACUCCAGGACAUGAUCAACGAAGUGGAUGCUGAUGGGAAUGGUACCAUUGACUUCCCUGAGUUUUUAAACCUCAUGGCCAGGAAGAUGAAGGACACUGAUUCUGAGGAGGAGCUCAAAGAGGCAUUCCGGGUAUUCGACAAGGAUCAAAAUGGGUUCAUCUCUGCUGCUGAGCUCCGCCAUGUGAUGACAAACCUUGGAGAGAAGCUCACCGAUGAAGAGGUUGAUGAGAUGAUUCGUGAGGCUGAUGUUGAUGGUGAUGGCCAAAUAAACUACGAGGAGUUCGUUAAGGUGAUGAUGGCCAAGUGAUCAAGUUAUGUCCAAAAAAUUCUAAAUGAAGAAAUGUUGAUUAUGAUGAAAUGACGAAAAAAAGGACUUAGAUUUGAGUUUUGUAAUAGUGAUCUAUUAGUUCUUGUCCUUUCUUCUUCCCCACAUUUUUAUUUGGUGGUUUUUAAUCCAUUAUUAAAACUAAAAUUAGUUGUAGCUGUUGUAAGUCCUGCUACUAAUACCUUAGUAUGUCUUGUAAUUUUAUCCAAAAAAAAAGUUUGUAAUGUUAAUGUCACUUCAUUUUCUUGGUUUUUUGAGAGACA